AUGGUACCUAUCCCAGAGAAACCCAAGGAAGGGAGCAGUAAAAAGAAGAAAUUUUGGAACAAGAGAAAAGGGCAAUCGUCUCAAGAGCCCUCGAAAAAGCAACAAACAGUGGCAGCACACACUGUUAUUGUUCCUGCUGCUGUUCCAACCCCUGUUCCUACCACUGUGUCUGUUACUCCAGCAACUCCAAAUAGAAAAGGGCACACUGCCUGUGUCUGUAGGGCACCAACGCAACCUAUUUCUCAAGUUCCUUCCAUGGGAGUGAGUCAAGCAUGCUAUGAAUGUGGAGAAGUAGGACAUUACAAGGGAAAUUUUCAUAAGUUAAAGAAUGCUAGUGGUACUGGGAGAGUCUUGGCGAUUAGCUAUGAAGAAGCAGUAGCGGAUCCUAAUGUGGUGACCGGUGCGUUCCUUCUCAACGAUUCUUAUGCAUGCAUUCUUUUUGAUAUCAGUGCAGAGAAAAGUUUCAUAAUCCAUAAGUUCAAACACCUUCUACAACGAAAUCCCAAAGCACUAAAAUAUACAUUCACCAUUGAGAUGGCCAACGGAAAGAUCGAGAAAACCAAUGACAUAUACAUAGGAUGCAAACUUACUCUAAAUAACCAUUCAUUCCAAAUUGACCUUAUGCCAGUCUCAAUUAAAAGUUCUGACAUCAUAAUCGGCAUAGAUUGGUUAAGUUUUCACCGUGCUGAUAUCCUGUGUUACGAGAAAGUAUCACACCCCCAAACCUGA